ACAGCACUCUUCAGCUUCUGUUUAAGACACUUAGUCUGAACAUCUAAAGUCGAAAACAUGGUUGUGUGGACAGACUUCGAGAAGGCCACCAUUCAAGAUAUCUUCGCCAAGGCUGACUACGACGUCAUCGGUCCUCAGGCUCUGGCAAGGUGUCUCAUCGUGUACCCCUGGACUCAGCGGUACUUCGCCAAGUUUGGAAACCUCUACAAUGCCGCUGCCAUCCUGGGAAACCCAAUGGUUGCUGCCCACGGUAAAACUGUGCUCAAGGGUCUGGAGCUGGCAGUGAAGAACAUGGACAACAUCAAGGCCACCUAUGCUGAUUUAAGUGUGCUGCACUCCGAGAAGCUCCACGUAGAUCCCGACAACUUCAGGCUUUUGGCUGAUUGCUUGACCAUCGUUGUUGCUGCUCAGAUGGGUGCUGGAUUCACACCUGAAGUUCAGGCCGCUUUCCAGAAAUUCAUCGCUGUCGCCGUGUCCGCUCUGGGAAGACAGUACCACUAAAUACAGACAGAGAGAGAUUAUAAUGUUUCCACUAAAGAAUGUGCUAUUCUGAGUUGAAGCAAAUAAAUAUUUCACUAUUCAA